AUGUUUCUCAAGAUCAUUUUGAAAGUAAGAUACCCUCCUAUUCAGCCUAACUGGAUGUCAGCAUUAUUUUCAACUUCUUCAGAGUCUAACCAGUUGCAGAAGAAAAUUGUCAUAGCUGGUGGAGGUACUGGAGGAAUUACAAUGGCUGCAAAAUUACUUGGAAUUGGAGAAAAAGAUGUGACAGUGAUAGAACCAAGUGAGAUGCAUUAUUAUCAACCACUUUGGACUUUGGUUGGAGGACGAAAAGUACGCUUGGAAAAAUCUGGUCGCUCAACGAGCAGUAUCAUGCCUCAAGGAGCCAACUGGAUUCAGGAUACCAUAGUCCAAUUGGAUCCAACUAAUAACUCUAUCUAUACUGAAAAAUAUGGUCAAAUUGAAUAUUCUUAUUUGAUUGUUGCAUUGGGCUUGGAACUUGCUUUUCACAAGAUAAUUGGACUUCCUGAAGCUUUAGAUACUGCAGGUGUUUGUUCCAACUACUCACACAAGACAGUGCAGAAAACUGCUCAAGCUCUCAAAGAAUUCAAAGGAGGGAACGCUAUUUUCACCCAACCAGUGAAUCCUAUUAAAUGUGCUGGAGCUCCUCAAAAAAUUGCAUAUCUAUCUGAAGAAUAUUUCAGAAAAAAUGGAAAAUUGGAAGGGACAAAUAUUAUCUUCAAUACUGCCUUGGGUAAAAUAUUUUCUGUUCCUGUGUAUGGUGCUCUGCUAGAGGAAGUUGCUAAGAAAAAGAAUAUCACUGUUAACUAUUUGCAUAACUUAAUUGAAGUUAAACCAGAAUCAAAAGAGGCUAUUUUUCAAAAACUUGAUCCUAAAGGAAAUGAAGUAGACAAACAAGCAUUUAAGUAUAACAUGCUACAUAUCACACCACCAAUGGUAGCUGCAUCAGUUGUCCGGAAAAGCAUUUUAGCUGAUUCUUCUGGUUUUAUGGCUGUCAAUAGAUUUACUCUUCAGUCCACAAAAUUUUCCAACAUAUUUGGCAUUGGUGACUGCACAAAUUUACCUACUUCUAAAACUGCUGCUGCAGUAGCUGGCCAAUCUGGCAUCUUGCUCAAAAAUAUAAAACUUGCAAUGGAUGGUAAAGAACCUGCAUAUAAAUAUGAUGGCUAUACUUCUUGUCCUCUGGUUACUGGUUAUAAGAAAUGUGUUCUGGCUGAAUUUAAUUAUGAAUUGGAGCCUUUGGAAACUCUUCCAAUAAAUCAAGCUAAGGAAAGAUACAUUUCAUAUUUUAUUAAGAAAGAAAUUUUACCUAUUGUAUACUGGAAUUUUAUGCUGAAAGGCAAAUGGUCUGGUCCUUCCACUAUUAGAAAAUUCUUACAUCUGGGGAUGUCAAAAUGA